GAGACGGCUGGGUAUUGAUGUAUUUUAAGGAGGUGGCUUCUGCUCCAUCCUCUGGCUCUGACUGCUAAGAGUUGAAAUCGUUCACACGCACUCGCCUCGCCGUUCCGUACAAUCCGCGUCUCAAUGCAGAGGCUGAAAGCGCAUCACUAAUGGCAACCAACACGGGAGAUUGCGGUAUCGAGACGAGCAGAGAGCGUUCGUCUAUGUGUGCAACCUUUUAUCGACUUUAGCAACGAAGCGGUGUGAAUCUUUUUUGGGAAUUUAUUGGGAAGCAUCUCUUGACUUUGUCGGGCAGAUUCAGAGGCGAUGUCGCGAUUGGGGAUUUCCUUCUUGUGCCUCUGUGGAACGAUGUACAUCGUAUAUGCCAGCAACCCAAACGAAGACGCCGAUUAUAAGGCUCGGCGGGAUGGAAGCGGGUAUCUUGGUAAAGAAAAUACAGUCCCUCUACGGUUAAUUUACCGUAUGGACAACUACAGUCAAACCACACACGACGUUCUCAACACAAGGAUCAGAGCGAGCUUCGACUCCAAACAGAGUAACCAUGUGGCUCAAGCCAGCUUCCAGGUGGACGCCUUUGGACAAACAUUCAUCCUGGACGUCGAGCUCAAUCACAAUCUUCUUUCUUCGAAGUAUGUGGAGAAGCAUGUCUAUGAGGAGGGCAAAUCCAUCAUCUCCAAAGGGGGAGAGCACUGCUACUAUCAGGGAAAAGUUCGGGACAUCCCAGAAUCCUUCGUUGCCCUCUCCACGUGUCAUGGACUGCAUGGCAUGUUCUUUGAUGGGAAUCACACAUAUAUGAUCGAGCCUGGAGGAGACAGCACUCUUGAUGCGGGUGAAACCCAGAUCCACUUGAUAUAUAAAUCCCCUGGCCUGGAGGCUCCUGAGGGCUUUCUACAUCCCAGUGUUCUCCUGGAGUCUCCCUUUCAAACGCCACCAGUAUAUCCCGGGUCAAAGGUCGCACUCCGGAGAAGCAAAAGACAAGUAUCCAGAACUCCACACAGUGUGGAGGAAGAGACCAAAUACAUUGAGCUGAUGGUUAUAAACGAUCACCUCAUGUACAAGAAACACCGUCUGUCAGUGGGCCACACAAAUAACUAUGCCAAAUCAGUCAUCAAUAUGGCAGACUUGGUCUUCAAAGAGCAGCUCAACACUCGCAUUGUGCUGGUUGCCAUGGAAACGUGGGCAGCAGACAACCACUUCAACAUCAACGACGACCCGAUGGUUACCCUCAAAGAGUUCAUGAAGUACAGGAGGGACUUCAUCAAGACCAAGGCCGAUUCCGUGCACCUGUUUUCGGGCAACCGUUUCCAUAGCAGCUGGGGAGGGGCAUCCUACAUGGGUGGAGUUUGCUCACUGACAAAAGGGGGAGGAGUUAACGAGUACGGCAAAGCGGAGGAGAUGGCCAUCACCUUGGCCCAGUCCCUGGGGCAAAACAUCGGCAUUUUCUCUGACAAGAAGAGAAUUCUCAACGGGGAGUGUAAGUGUGAUGAUAAGUGGUCUGGCUGCAUCAUGGAUGAUGUUGGUUUCUAUCUGCCCAAGCGCUUCUCCGACUGUAAUGUGGAGGAGUACCACAACUUCCUCAACAGUGGCGGAGGAGCCUGCCUCUUCAACGAGCCCGCAAAGUUAUUGGACCCUCCAGAGUGUGGUAAUGGAUUUGUUGAGCCUGGGGAGGAGUGUGACUGUGGCACCCCAGCGGAGUGUCAGCUGAAGGGGGAGGCCUGCUGUAAGAUGUGCACCCUCACACAAGGUUCCAAGUGCAGCAAUGGACAGUGUUGCAAGGCCUGCCAGAUGGAGUAUAUGGGGGUGGUGUGUCGAGAGGCAGUAAACGACUGUGACAUACCCGAGAACUGCACUGGCAACUCCAGCCAGUGCCCGCCGAAUGUCCACAAGAUGGAUGGGUACACAUGUGAGAAAGACCAGGGCCGAUGUUUCAACGGGAGAUGCAAGACUAAAGACAGGCAGUGCAAAUACAUCUGGGGAGAGAAGGCCACUGCAGCUGACAAGUUCUGUUACGAGAAGCUGAACAUCGAGGGGACAGAGAAGGGGAAUUGUGGGAGGGAAAAGGACACGUGGGUCCAGUGCAAAAAGCAGGAUGUCCACUGUGGCUACCUGCUGUGCUCCAACAUCUCUCCUGCUCCCAGACUGGGGGAGCUACAGGGAGGCCUGACCUCCUUCAGUGUGGCCCAGCACAGUGCCUCUCUGGACUGCAGUGGUGGCCACGUGAUGAUUGACGGGGACAUGGACCUGGGCUAUGUAGAGGACGGCACGGCCUGCAGUGCUGACAGCAUCUGCUUCAACCACAAGUGCCUCCCUGUGCAGGACUUCAACUUCAGCACCUGCCCCGGCACCACCGACAAGAUCAUCUGCUCAGGACACGGGGUGUGCAGUAAUGAGCUGCGGUGUGUGUGUAACCUGGGAUGGGCAGGAGACGACUGCAACUCCAGCUCUCCCCUCAGCGCCCUCAUCGCACGUCCCACGUCCUCACCUGCCUUGGUGAACACCAACAUCAUCGUGGGCGCCAUCACUGGCUCCAUCCUUGUACUGGGGCUCAUCGUCGCCAUAGCAGCCUGGGGAUACAAGAGCUACAGGCAACGCAAAUAUGCAGAGUCAGAAGUUCACAGAAGAUUCUGCCGACAAAUGCCGGCGGGAGACUACGUGAAGAAGCCGGGCGAUGCUGACUCCUUCUACAGCGACAUGCCUCAGGGCGUGAGCUCCAACUCGGCCAGCAGCUCCAAGAAGAGGUCGGCCUACCUGUCGCACCUGCAGAUCUACUCCUGCUCGUUCACCCCCUCCAUCCCAUCCAUCAGCCAAAACAUCUCUCUGUUCGGCUUCAGGUCAAACGGUCUGUCCCACUCGUGGAGCGAAAGAAUCCCAGAUGCCAAACACUCCGACAUCUGUGAGAACGGACGACCCAGGAGCAACUCAUGGCAAGGGAAUAUAAGUGGAAGCCGUAAAAAGAUGAAGGGCAAGAGGUUCCGCCCGCGCUCCAACUCCACAGAGACUCUGUCCCCAGCGAAGUCGCCCACCUCGUCCACAGGGUCUAUAGCGUCCAGUCGCCGCUACCCCUACCCUCUGCCCCCGCUGCCCGACGAGGAGCGGAAAGCGAACCGACAGAGCGCCAGGCUCUGGGAGACAUCAAUAUAAGAAGAUCCUACAUUUCUGUCGCUUUUAUACAAAUGAGGAGUUAAAACAGGAACAGAAUUUAAACAGUGAUAAAACAAAACAAGGAUGGACGACUGAAGAUGAGGAUUCGUGGAGAAUAAAAAGGUGCAUUGGGGGGAAAAAAAGUCCUCCAGAACUCUAGGGGGCACUGUGGCAAGAGCAGCCCUGAUCCCACAUUCAGCUACACACUGCUAUUAUUCAUCGCCAACGUGCAAUGACACACCAACUCACUCACAACUAAGGCGGGCCGCCACCUCCACGGCAACCAUUAAAUUCCCCCUCAGAGUGGACUGGAGUGAGUGACCGGAGCUUGGGUCCCUCUAAGAAUCCCAACCAAUACCCCUUUCCAAUAUUGACAUGCCCCGCCCCUUUCAAUACACAAACUCUUCUCUGAUUGGUCACCUGACUGCCUGAACAAUGUAAAACAGGGCAGGGCUAGGCUAAUGUUAUUACGGGGCGGGGAAGGGUAGGGAAGCACGCAUUCACUGUAGAAAUAAAAAAAUAAAAAAAUACACUGUAUGCAUGACAAAAAAAAAAAAUCAGCUUAAACCAUUCCUAGUGUUAUAAUGAAGUGUUAAAAUGAAGACGACAAAAAAGAUCCUUUUGUUUUCUUUUCUUUUUCGUGAAAGCAUACAUUGUAGAGGGCUGCAUGUGACUGAGGGUUGACCUGUCUGCCAGUCUGUAUAAUUCCACUUCUUUGUUCAUCCACCCACCCAGCACCACCCCCCCACCCCCCCGAGAAGCACAGGCCUAACACCACCUCUUGCUGCCCCCCCUCUCUCUCCUCCAUGCCUUUUGUACAUAUGUACAGGUCCGAGUUCGAAGACACCAAAUAACUGGUGUUCUUUUUCUUUGUUUCCUUUUUUAAUGACAACUUUUUUUUUCUGGAAGGAGGAAGACGUUUUUUUUUUAUCUUCCUCCUGCCGUCUCAUAGUAUGUGUUUAGAAGUACUGUACGUAUGGAAAGAGAUAUCUUUUGUUUGCUAGACUUUUCUCCCCCUUACUUCUGUGUGUUUCUGUGAGAAUGUAUGUGUGUGUGUGUGUGUGAGACUGAGUACAGUAUGUGUAGAGUGACUGUGUGUAGAUUUGUCCUCUGCAGAAUGUAACAACCCCCCCACCCUUUAUUUUCAAACUAGUAAUGUUUCACAGGCCAACCUCAGUGUUGCUGACUGAUGUAGACAGUGUCACAUGUACCUGCAACCCUUUGAUAUGAUAUGAGCAUGGGUAUGUUCAAUAAGAUCUGUGUAUUGGUGGACUUUCAUUGAAAACAGUCACAGUUGCUGUGAUAUCAUCGUCCAAAACUGCUGUGUCCUACAUUUCAGUGGCGGUCCCAGGAUGUUGUGUAAUCUAACUGUAGGUACCGUUACUAUAGUGUAGUGCUUCAUUGGUUGCGCUGCUGAGAAUGUAUCCAUUUUGCUGUUCGAUGAUAGAUCUCAAUGAUGGUGAAACAACAUGUUUGACAGCACAGAUGGAGUUAGUCAGUCUCAGUUAAACAUUGUUAGAUGAGGUGAGAGGUUUGUUAAAAGUGUUAUUUGAGGAAUUGUAGUGUGAUGCUUGCAUCAACUGGAAUGGCUUUAAAAAGAAAACAAAAUGUGAUAUGGUUGAAGAACUGGAUGUCUUGUCUUUUUAAGAUAUGUUUUCAUAUUUUCUCUGCUGGAUUCAUUCAUGCUUUUCGAUAGCAUUGAUUGUGUUUAUAUGCAUUCUGAUUUGAGUUGAAUGUUUCAAAUACAAACUUGCCUUUUUAAGCAAAUGCUUACCAUCAGAAGUUAAUUUACAUAGCUGUCAGGCAGAUAGCAUAUCUUAUUUAGGAUAAGAAAGCUACAUCUCCCUCCAUCAUAAGACUUCAACUAUCUAAACUAUUCAGAGGGUUUGUAUGUCUGUGUGUACGUGUGCGUCGUUGAGCUAUUCACCCGAGGCUUGACAGACAAAGCGAUCAGUAAUUUUAAUGUGGUGGUCCUCAUGUGUACAUAUGCCAUGGUCACCCAAAUUCUUGUGUACUCAGAAGGCUUUUAUUUUACAAUGUGAGCCUGCUGUUCUUUGUGUACCAAGGAGGCUUUUAUUUUGAAAUGUGGGCACUGAUUUCCUUUACCACUGUAUGCACUAUGACUGUACUUAAUAUCACUGCAACAUUGAAAUGACGUUGCCAUGACAAGUAAUAAUAACUAAGUAUUUUUAAGGUACCUUUUUAAUGUCCUCCCAGUAUUAUGUAUAUAUGUAAUCCCGACAAAAUGAAGUGCAUUAUGUAUUAUUCCUGUAGGUUCUUUUUCUGUUAAAGAUUGAGUUCAACUAAGGCUCUGCCAUUCCUUUCAUUUUGUGAACACCUCCGUGACUGACCUGUUGGACUAUAUUAGCGUCCAGACAUACACAUAGACAUUAACCUCAACACAAUGAGGAAUCAAGGCACCCCCACUAUCUGCAUAGGGACUCAUGCUGAAAAGAUUUGUACACCCUGCAUGCUAUCAGAUUUCUCUCUCUCUCUCUCUCGAUCUCUCUCUCAGCUUUUACACAUUCCCCAAAGGUAGAGCAGACGGACGGUCAAGAGUUUAUAAAAAAUAAUAAUAAUACUGCAGACGGUGCAUCUCAAGCAAUACUCUGUCUCUGUCCAUCCCUCCCCACACAUCGCCAGUGUACCACUCUCCUUCACGCACACACAUCAGGUCACUCCGAGGACAAGGCAAGUCUGCUCACCAUCCGCCAUUUCAAAAUAGGUCCACAAGGUAGUGUGUGUGUGUGUGUGUGUUCUAAGGUGGGUCUGGAGCUGUACUGUCUCAUACUUGCCCCUGAUCUGUGAGCACCCUGCACCCAGCUGGGCUCUCAGAUGCCCAGGUGUCUGUGAGACUCUGACCAUCAGCCCGCUAACAACCAGUCGGCAAAAAGAAACACUCUCAGGUGUGUUUUACGAUCAGGCAUCGUUGAACAACUUCGCCUGUUAAAUGAUAGACAGAGAGACUAUCAUUUUGAACACAUUCUCUAUCUUAGGUAACACGGUGGUUGCUCGACUCUGUUUUCAGGAAGCGCUCUUUUUGUCAGCAACUCUACCCACGCUCCUCUUGGUUUUGGGUCUCACCCCCCUGACUUACAUGAAUGUAUUGAAGCAACCAAGCAGCGCAGCAGCGCAGUAACCCACAGCUCCAGACUCCUCCAUCCUGACGCUCCAUACAUCAUGUGAUCCAUACAUCAUGUGAUCCAUCGGAUCCCCACCUGUUCCCCAUAACCUAGGCCCAUCCAGUGCAUUCUUAGUGCUGUGCAACAUCUCAGAUCUACAUACAAGAUGUUUAUAUAACAGCAUUUCCUUCUGUCGUAUGCUGUACAUAGACUGACUAUUUAAAAACAAAAGGUCAAUGCCCAUAUUUUCUUUUCUUACAAUAUCAUUCAGUAUUGUAAUAUAUUUAAUAUAAAAUAAACUUUCAUUGAAGUGAA